AUUAAAAAAAACUACAAUUAAUUAUCAUUUUAUGUAAAAAGUAUCCAUCUAAAUUAAUCAUAUUUAUCAUCUAAAUUGUUUUGUACGCAUUCUAGGGGCACAAAAAUUAUUUACUUCAAAUAAAACUGAUCCAAAACGUUGAGGGUGUGCUCAUGAAUAACUGUAUCCAUCGGUUUGUUACACCUUUAACUACAAGACAAAUUUCUACAGACACCUCUCUACUCGAAUUGUUUUCUCUUUCAAUUCCAUCUAUGGCGAAGCUGACCGACAUGUCGUAUGAAAUUGCAUUACGCGCCAUUGCCUUCUGCUUCACUUUACUGGCUGCGGUGCUCGCAAUCGCCGAUCAGGAGUCCUCCGCCACUGCUAACUGGUUGUUGAUGUUGGUUAAUGGGAUAGUAUCUUCAUACUUGGGUGCAUCAAUGAUACACUUGGUGAUACAUGACGACAAAAAGGUGGAUACCAAAUUUGUAAUUCUGGUUAUUGACAUCAUAAUGGGGGCACUGUUGUUCUGCUUUGCUCAUUUGGCCGUUUAUGCUGCGGGAGGAAUCGUCAGCUACUCAAUGGUAAUCACCUUUCUUGGAGCUUAUGUCUUUUUAUGGCUUCCUCUGGCUUCAGUUAUAAGCAUCGCUAAAACAUCCAUUUGAAAAUGCAACAAAACAAGUUUCAGAUUUAAGGCUGCAUUUUAAUUGUGUUGGUAUUUUUGAUCUUUAAAGCAUGUUUAGUUUGUGGAAUGUUUUGACUUUUGAAACAAAUUGGUAUCUGUUAAAGACAAUUGAAUGUUAAGGAAUUAGCAUUUUGAGUAGUUUAAAUCAAUAUAUCACGUAUUUUGUUGGAUAU